GUGAUGAAGUAAGGAAAAAAGGAGCGCAGAUCAAGAAUCUCUUCCUUGCCUCUCUGAAGAUCUAAUUCUCCUCUCUAUUCUUUCUGUACAAGCUAUUCUCUGAUCUGGACAUAAGCCAUAAGUCUAGUCUGAAACGAUAGUUUUGCUCAAGAUUUAUCGAGGAACGGUAUAUUCUGUUCGAUCACUGCAUUAAAGAUGCAGAGUGAGGAUGAACAAGUGGUGGAUUCUUCUAAAGCAGAGACGACCAAAACAUGCACACAAACACCUGAAGUUGAUGACUGGGCAAAUUUCAGGGAUGAUGAUAUUAUGCAGCAGCAAUCUGCCAUCCAGGCUGUCGAAGCCGACAAGAUUCCGUUUGUCGGUGACAAGGAGCCUCUCUCGUCUUUAGCAGCUGAAUACAAGUCGGGAAACCCAAUUAUAUUGGAGAAAAUCAAGGUCCUGACUGAACAAUACGCUGCCGUGAGGAGAACACGUGGAGACGGGAAUUGCUUCUUUCGCAGCUUCAUGUUUGCUUACCUCGAGCAUAUUUUGGAAUCACAAGACCGUGCAGAAGUUGAUCGUAUAACAGCCAGCGUGGAGUACUGCCGAAAGACACUUCUCAGUUUGGGCUAUGCAGAAUUUACUUUUGAAGAUUUUUUUGCGCUAUUCCUUGAGCAACUUGAAAGUGUUCUUUCAGGGCCUGAAGCUUCCAUAAGCCAUGAAGAACUUGUAGAGAGAAGUAGAGAUCAGUCGGUAUCUGACUAUGUUGUAAUGUUCUUCAGAUUUAUUACCUCUGGUGAGAUAAGAAACCGUUCAGAGUUCUACGAACCAUUUAUUCAAGGAUUAACAAAUACCUCAGUGGAGCAGUUUUGCAAGUCGUCGGUGGAACCAAUGGGGGAAGAGAGUGACCAUGUUCACAUAACAGCCAUAUCAGAUGCAUUGGGAGUAGCGAUACGGAUAGUGUAUCUUGACAGAAGUUGUGACGAUAAGGGCAGCGUGACUGUGAACCAUCACGAUUUCAGUCCUGUUGCUCGUGAUCCGACAAAUGCUAAUAUUAAUAAUAAUAGUAAUAAUUCUCAGCCAAUCAAACCAUUCAUUAACUUGCUAUACCGACCGGGUCAUUACGACAUUCUCUACCCUAAUAACUAACUUUUCCUUCCUUUAUAUUUUCUUGUUUUCGACAUUUUGUCCAAUGAUGGUGACUUUAAGAUACUCGGUGAAGUUGGAUUACUUCUCAUUUCUCCUAAGGCUUCUCAAUUCGUAAAACAUUUUUUUUUUUGAUUGAGGAACUUAUGUGUUAUGAAAACAUUUGUCGCAACUAUAUGAUAUUUGGUUUAUGUUU